AUGUUGCACAAACAUUUGUUGUACAAACAUUUGUUGCAAAAACAUUUUUAUUUUUAUUAUGUUGUUUUGUUCAUCUCAACAACAACAACAUGUUUGGCAAUGCAAAUACCUUGUGGGAAAAGUUUUUUCCCAUGUUUUGGAGAAAAAGAAGGAACAACAACAACAAAACAACAAACAAACACAAGAAAACUUUAUGGAAUUACAAUACAUCAAGAUGCUAAAAUUUCUGAUCAAACAUUGAGAACAGCAGCAAAGGAAGCGCAUGAAGAAACUGAUGUUUUGUACAAUGAAUCGGGUGUAAAACAAUUGUUGGAUUCGAGAAACCCAUUGUCUGCUUCAUUAAUGCAAUAUAGUAGAAUGCAUCCACUGACUGAUCGAGGAAAGCUGUUUAGUCAAUAUGCUUAUGUUGCACUUGCUUUAAGUCGCCGUCUCUCCCAAAAAAUGACUUCAACAACAAUGCAGGGAACGGCUGCUUCAGUUCCAUCACACACACUUUUAUUACAUUCUCCAGGACUGUUGGCACGAGUUAAAAAUAGUACAUCACUUGGCAAGGAAUGUCCAACAGAUGCAGAGGCACAUUGUCCAACUAGUAAUUCACAACUUUUUCGAUCGCUUUCUGGUCAGUGUAACAAUGUUCGUCGUCCAUUUAUCGGUGCAGCAGGCCAACCAUUAUCACGCCUUUUUUCUUCGCCUACUUAUGCUGACAAUGGAUUGGGUGUACAACCUAGAAGGCAAAUUUCUCAAUUUGGAGGAGGAAAUAGCGGUGGUGGUGGAGAACUUCCUUCUGUUCGUCAAAUUUCUUUAGAACUUUUUCAAAAUCCAAAAGAAACAAAUCCUUUUGGAGUAAACGAAAUUGUUGCUUAUUGGCUAUAUUUUGUUGGAUUAGAUUUGGCUAGUAUUGCACCUAAUCAAUGUUUAAUUAAAGGAACUUCUGUAGCCUUUCCUUGUUGUACUCCAGGGUUUGCCCAUGCCGAUUGUGAUCCUAUUGAUAUACCUUCUAAUGACCCGAUAUAUGGACCCGCUCAUAUAACCUGUAUUCCACAUUCGCGUACUUUACCUGCUCCGCGUGAUCAAUGUGCUUUGGGUCCCAGAGAACAAGCCAACCAUGUUUCAAGCUUUUUAGAUGGAAGUCAAAUAUAUGGUUCUUCUUACGAAACAUUGGAACGUCUUAGAGCACCAGGAGAAUCUGGCCGAUUAUUAAUUUCUAAUAACGAAAAUAAUUUGUUGACAUUGGAUCCUUUAAGCAGCGAUUAUUGCCAAUCUCCCGACAAACAAAAACAACGUUGUUUUCUUAGUGGAACUCCCGAUGUAAAUUUACUUGUUGGUAUUACUCUGUUACACACUAUUUGGGUUAGACAACACAAUAAAUUGGCUGAUGGACUUAGAGAAAUGAAUAGGCAUUGGAAUGGUGAUAGAAUAUUUAAUGAAGCUAGACGAAUUGUAAUUGCUCAAAUGCAACAUAUUACUUAUGCAGAAUUUCUUCCUUUAUUAUUAGGAAUAGAUGCUGUCAGAAAAUUUCAACUUAAUUUAACACCUCCUGGCUCAUUUAGCAGUGAUUAUGAUAUUGAUGUAGAUGCAACAACAUUAAAUGAAUUUGCAACAAUUGUAAUACCUGUCGCUUUUUCAUUACUUCAAUCUAUUAAUAAUUCGUCCACAACAACAACAACAACAAAUUUAUUUAAUAAUCCUUCUCGUCUAUAUGAACAACAAGGAGUUGAACAACUUGUUAGCGAACUGCAUAGUCGACAAGCUGAACGUCCCGGUCUUAAAAUUGAUUUAAACUUUCGUGGUCAUUUUCUUCAAGCAAACACUGCUAAUGUUGGAUUAGACUUGAUAUCUAUAGCUCUUAAACAAGAACGGGAUCAUGGCCUUCCAAGUUAUAAUUUAAUGAGGGUUAAUUGUGGACUUGAAAAGUUACAAUCUUUUGGAGAAAUGCGUUUAAUAUUAAUUAAUGAAUCUGUAGCUGAUCAAUUGGCUACAAUUUAUGAACAUGUUGAUGAUAUUGACUUACUUGUUGGAGUGUUGGCUGAACGUCCAUUAAAAGGAGCAUUUUUAAGUCAAACUUUAAGUUGUAUUAUUGGACGUCAAUUUCAACGAACAAAAAUUGGUGAUCGUUAUUGGUAUGAAAACUUUUUUGCUCCAACAGCAUUUAGUGAAGAACAAUUGGCACAAAUUAAGAAAACUACCUGGGCUAGAGUGCUUUGUAAUGUAACAAACAUUAAACAAAUACAACUUUCUUCAUUUUUACAUUCUGAUAUUUUUGAGAUCAAACCCGAUCCGACUUUUUCUUUUCUCAACCUGCCAUUUAUCCCUAAUGAUAAUGCGGGAUUUGGGCUAUCUUUAAUUUCCACUCAUAUUUUUAUUUAUUUUUGUAGAAAUACUCCUUUACCUUGUGAGUCAUCAAUUCUUCCAAAUUUUGAUUUGGAACCUUGGCGUGAUCCAGAAUCGCCAUUACGUUUACCUAUAACUGAUGAAACUAUUAAAAAAGUUGUACAAUUGGCAGAAUUAAAUUUACAAGAACAAAGACGUAGAGAAGCUAGAAAUAUACAAAAAAAUCAAUCAACUCUACGUUUUGGUGAUCCGCUUUUUGCUUAUUCUAAUAUGAUGCGUGCUAAACCACAUUCAAAAGCACAUGCACGUGUUUCAGCUAUUUUGCUUGAAUCAACUCGAAUAUUUGCUAGCGGUCAAAAAUUGGUAGAUGGUGAACAAUUACCUUCCCUUGAUAUUGAUUCACUUCAACGUUUAUUACCAAAUAUUGAAGUUGGUCGUUUUGUUUCAAAUUAUACAGCUUUUCUAAGUGAAGAUGGACAAGCUACUAAAGACGAUUGUUUACCUAGAUUAUUGCCCUGUGAUCAUUCAAGCCGUUAUCGAACAUUUUCUGGGUGGUGUAAUAAUCUUAAAUAUCCACAUUAUGGAAAUGCCUUUACACCUUUACGACAUUUACUCCAUCCUGCUUAUGAUGACGGUUUUGAUGCUCCAAGAAGUCGUGCUAGAAGUGGUCGCCCAUUACCUUCACCUAGACGUAUAUCUAAUGCUGUUCAUAUUGAUAGAGAAAUUGUAAUGCAAUUUGGCCAAUUACUCGAUCAUGAAAUGACACACUCCCCAAUAAAUAGAGGCCCAAAUGAUGAAAUUCUAAAUUGUACACCUUGUGAUUCUGCCCAAACAAUUUCUGUUCAUUGCAUGCCUAUUAGAGUGGAGGAUGGUGAUCCACAUUUUCCCAGUCAUUUACCUAAUGGAGAGCCUCGUUGUUUACCUUUUGCUCGCUCACUUCUCGGACAGCUUCAGCUUGGAUAUAGAAAUCAAAUGAAUCAAAUAAGUGCAUUUAUUGAUGGUUCUGUUGUUUAUGGUUCUACACGGUGA